GUUCAAAUAUAUGUGGAUGACAUUAUUUUUGGUGCUACUAAUGAAUCCUUGUGCAAGGAAUUUUCUAAAGUUAUGCAGGAUCACUUUGAGAUGAGUAUGAUGGGAGAGCUUACAUUCUUUCUCGGGCUCCAAGUCAAGCAAACUAAGGAUGGGAUCUUCAUUUCACAAAGCAAGUAUGCGAAGGAAUUGGUGAAGAAAUUCAAGUUGGAGAAUUCUAAGCAUGCGCCUACUCCCAUGAGUACUAGUGUUAAGCUUGAUGCGGAUGAGAGUGGUGAAGAUGUGGACCAAAAACUAUACCGAUGUAUGAUAGGUAGUCUUCUUUAUCUCACCGCUAGUAGACCCGAUAUCAUGUUUAGUGUGUGUGCAUGUGCACGUUUUCAAGCAUCUCCUAAAGCAUCUCAUUUAAUUGCGGUUAAAAGGAUCAUUAAGUAUGUUAAUGGAACUUUUAAUCUUGGUUUAUUUUAUCCAAAGAGCACCUCUUUUGAUUUAUAUGGUUUUUGUGAUGCCGACUUUGCCGGAUGUAAGGUAGAUCGCAAGAGUACUAGUGGAACAUGCCAAUUCUUAGGAAAUUCCCUUGUUUCUUGGGCUUCCAAGAAACAAAAUUGUGUUGCAUUGUCCACUACGGAAGCGGAAUACAUUGCCGCCGGUUUAUGUUGUGCUCAAGUUUUAUGGAUGAAACAAAGUUUAGUUGACUAUGAUUUGAAUUUUCAAAAUAUUAAAAUCUUUUGUGAUAACACAAGUGCUAUAAAUAUUUCCAAAAAUUCGGUUUUGCAUUCUAGAACCAAGCAUAUUGAUCUUCAGAAGAUCAUCAGAAGUAGGAAUGCGAUAUUCAAUGAGGAAGUAAUGUACAAGAACAGAGAUAGUGCCAAUGAUAGCCAAAGUAGUGGGAGCAACACUACGGAUACAGGUGGAUCCGAGUACAUGGAUUUGGAGGAACUUUCAGAUGGGGGCGAUAAAGUCAAUUCUAACCGAAGAAUGGAGGAGGCUCCACCUGCAGAGACGACUACCCAGGGUGUGGAGCUUAAGAGGUCAUCCAGAAUACCCAAACCGAAUCUCAGAUAUCUCUCAUCACUUGUUUAUUUGCUUUUGACAGAUAGUGAAGAACCAGAGUGCUAUGAGAAGGCUAUACAAGUGAGUGAAUCUCAGCAGUGA